CUGGAUGAACCUGCAGGGAACAUCAUCCGUUUCAACCUCUUUGGCCGUCAGAUGGUUGUUCUUAACAGCUACGACGUAGCCAAGCACAUGCUUGAGAAGGACGCGGCGAUUUAUUCGAAUCGUCCUACGAUGGCUAUGUUUGGGGAAUUGAUGGGUUUCUCAGAAAGCUUUGCCCUUGCCCCUUAUGGAGCCCUUUGGAGGGAGCACCGGGGGCUACUUCGCCAAGUGAUCGCCAAAGGUGCGAUGGCUGAAUUUCAUACUGAACUCCAGGAGUCAGCACUCCACAUACUUGCCGAUGCUCUCAAUGAUCCGCAUGAAGUGACCGAAAGUCUUCGUUUUCGCAUUGGCGCAAUGAUCCUCAAGACGACAUACGGAAUAACGGUCAUAUCCCCCGAAGAUCCGUAUUUGAAGGACGCCGAAAAAUUGGUUCAAGCAAUCACUUCCGGCUUGUUUGGCCGAUAUCUCGUUGACUUCUUCCCUUUCCUCGCUCAUAUUCCCAGUUUUUUCCCAUUCGCUGGGUUCAAGAAGGAAGCCAAAUAUUGGCGCGCCGCUCGCGCGGAGCUUAUGAAUCGACCCUUUGAGUACGCAACGUCUCAGGAAAGGAAGAGAACCGAAUCGUCGUGCCUUGUGAAUAGACUCUUAUCGUCUGGGAAGAGUCCGGAUUCUGUUAAAAACGCCGUCGGCACUUUGUAUGCUGCUGGGAUCGAAUCGACGGCCACGGUGAUCAACGCAUUCCUUAUCUCCAUGAUGCUCUUUCCUGCAGUACAGCGAAAAGCACAGGAGGAAUUGGACUCAGUACUGGGGACCUCGGCUAGGAAUGAAGUCCUACGUUUACCAACAUUUGAUGAUCAAAGCCGGCUCCCCUACCUCGAGGCCUUGAUCAAGGAGGUAUAUAGAUGGCACCCAGCAACCCCAAUGGGCCCGGGUCACGCGCCAAUUCACGAUGAUGUUUUUGAGGGUUAUUUCAUCCCAGAGGACUCGUUCAUUAUGGCAAAUCAGUGGGGGAUGAGCAGGGAUGGAAAUUAUUACCCUGAUCCUGAAGAAUUUAGACCUGAACGCCACUUGGGUAAAACUCCAGCUCUGAAUCCAAGGGAGAUUAGCUUUGGGUUUGGGAGAAGGAAAUGCGUCGGUUCGCACUUUGCAGACGCUGUCAUCUUCAUCACGGUUUCAUCCAUUUUAUCAACCUUCAGUAUCUCCCAGCGCGUCGGAGAGGGUUGCAUCGAACCUGACCUCCGUAUAGGCCACGCAAAGUAUGCCCUUUACGUUACUUGUCAUCCGCUAUCCGCGCGUUAUCGCUCAUUUCCCUUCUCAUUAGUGUAA